UAGGCCCAGGAUUGCAUGACCAAACACAGCUGGAUUUAUUAUCUAACAUUUUCUGUUCUAUCCAUACGUAUAGGUGGCCUCAAACGCGCUGUGUUAGGGCUUUUAGCCCUUUCAGCCAUGGUUUUAGGAGCUCCAGAUAACCGGGGUACGGAGUUUGUGAUUGGCUACAUGGAGAACAAUGGCGUGAGCAUCAAUGUGGAGCUGUUUGUCACCACUUCCCGCACCACCACGGUGUCCGUCACGGUGGACUCUCCCAAGUGUACCAGUCCCAGGGUCUCCUCCUCCUUCACCGUGACCGCAGGACAGGUCAAGCAGCUCUUUAUCAGUCCCAGCAUCAGAAUGGCGGGUUCCAGUAAAUCAAGCAAAGGAAUAAGAGUGAAGGCGUCUGACGAGGUGGUGAUAUAUGGGGUCAACAAGGAGAGGUAUUCCUGUGACGGGUUCGUGGGUCUCCCCCUGGAUGUCCUGUCAGACGAGUACUAUCUGGUCACGUGGUCUCCCACCUCUCGCCAGUGCGAACUUUUGGUGGUGGGGGUACAAGACUCGACCUCUGUCUCUAUUACACUCAGUCAACACAUGGGAAGUAACAAUUUAUACUACUCCGGAAAGUACUACUACAAAGGCAACAAAGUCACAGAAACGCUGAACAAGUACGAUACCUGGCAGCUGGUCACCAGGGGCGACUUGACCGGAAGCUACGUCAAAUCAAGCAAACCGGUGUCUGUUUUCUCUGGAAACCGGAAAACCAACAUCGGAAGAGGCGGGUCUUCUGAUCACUUGGUGGAGCAGAUGUUUCCGGUAAACACCUGGGGCAAGAACUUCGCUACCGUCCCGAUUCCGAAAAGAACUGUAGGCGACUACUUUAAAUUCAUUGCAAGCGAAGAUAACACUGUUGUCAAAAUUACAGGAGGAUACACCUCAACUUUCACGAUCUCUAAAGCCGGGUAUAUGGUACAGAAGCUCAUUUCAUCCUCCGCUUACUGCAAAAUUGUCGCCGACAAACCGAUCAUGGUUGUGCAGUUUGUUCAGUCGCAGCAGAGUUCCAGCGAAAAAUCAGAUCCUGCCAUGAUGAUCAUUCCACCUACUGAACAAUAUGGCGCAGACUAUACAUUUACCACUCCAAAAUAUUCGCUGGGAUCAUACAACAACUACUUCAUGUUCAUCGUUGAGGAAUCCCAAGCUUCUGGUUUACGAAUUGACGGGAAAGCGUUUCCCAGUUCGACCAGUUACAAAAGAAUAUCUGGCACAUCACUUGUUGGAGGUUACAUCUCCAUCACAGAGGGCACCCACACCGUCAGACAUACUUCUCCCAUUGCUAUCUUUGGAGGCUUCUUAUACGGCCAGGCUAACUAUGAAACGUACGGGUUUACAACUGGUAUGCGAUUGGCCAAAGUAAACGCUGUUUGUAUUCCUACGCCGACGGUAACUGGAGAUGGUAUAGACAACGACUGUGAUGGGAAAAUCGACGAGGAACUGUGUACCGCGGAAAACAGAAACAAAGAUGAUGACGGAGAUGGGAAGAUCAACGAAGACUGCGCUAAACCCCCACCAAUUGACGGACAGUGGGCUUCUUGGGCGUCGUAUGGCGCAUGCUCUGUGACCUGUCAACCAACGUCGGGCACAGUAUCAGGAACUAAAACUCGAACCAGAUCCUGUUCAAAUCCGGCCCCUGCUUAUGACGGAAAACAGUGUGUUGGUUCUGGAAGUGAAACCGUCUCAUGUACACCAACAAACGCAUGCAGAGUUGAUGGAAACUGGGGAUCAUGGGGAUCUUACGGCGCAUGCUCAGUGACCUGUGCAAGCGGAACGAAGUCACGUUCAAGGUCAUGUAAUAAUCCAGCCCCUGCAGGUGGGGGAAGUAACUGUGUAGGAAGUUCCACGUCAUCAGCCACGUGUACAUUAUCUGCAUGUCCAAUUGACGGUAAUUGGGCUUCGUGGGGGUCCUAUGGCGCCUGUAGCGUGACCUGCGCGGGAGGAACGCAGGGCAGGACUCGCACCUGUUCUAACCCCGCCCCUCAAUAUGGCGGAUCGGCAUGUUCCGGAUCGUCCUCUUCAUCUCGGAGUUGUAAUACACACAACUGUCCAAUUAAUGGAAAUUGGGCGUCUUGGGGAUCAUACGGCGCAUGCUCAGUGACCUGCGGUGGAGGAAGACAAUCACGGACUAGAACCUGUACUAACCCCGCCCCUCAGUAUCUUGGAGCUGACUGUGUUGGAAGUACAUCGUCGUCACAAAGCUGUAACACACAUAACUGCCCAAUUGAUGGAUCAUGGGCCAGCUGGGGAUCCUGGGCCACGUGUACCGAGACUUGUGGAGGAGGAAUUCAAUCCCGAACCCGAUCUUGUAACAACCCCACUCCACAAUAUGGUGGCGCUAACUGUCCCGGAAUGUCCUCAAGCAUUCAAACUUGUAACACACAUAACUGUCCCAUUGAUGGUGUUUGGAGUUCAUGGGGAUCAUAUGGAACGUGUACUGUAACCUGCGGGGGAGGUAUACAGACACGCUCACGAAGCUGUUCCAAUCCCGCCCCUCAGUAUGGUGGAGCUAACUGCGCUGGGUCUACAACCUCUAGUCAAAGCUGCAACACUCAAAACUGUCCCAUUGAUGGCGGUUUAACGAACUGGGGAUCAUGGGGCACCUGUACCGUAAGCUGCGGCGGAGGAACACAGGUGCGCACGCGCAGUUGUACCAACCCUUCACCCCAAUAUGGCGGCGCCCAAUGUUCGGGAGCGACAAGUCAAAAUCAGGCCUGCAACACCCAAGUCUGCAUCAUUGAUGGAGCCUGGGCAAAUUGGGGUGCGUGGGGUACCUGCUCUGUGUCGUGUGGUGGUGGAAAGAGAUCCCGUGCUCGCACCUGUACCGACCCAAAGCCCGCUAAUGGUGGCAGGGAGUGUUCUGGUGCUUCAAGUGACCUAGAAGAUUGUAACUCGGCUGCUUGUCCAACUCCUGCUGCUGGUGCCUAUGUACAGCUAUGUCCAACUGGCUGGUUUACUUGCCAAUCCGGAGGAAUAACUUGUAUCGACAGAGCAUUCAUCUGUGACUGUUCAGCGGACUGUGACGACGGAAGUGACGAAACUUCCGGCUACGCCGGAUGUUCAGCAUCGGUUAUAGCUACAUGCGCUCAAAGCAGCUCAAACCACCUGGCGAUGUCGUCCCUCGCCUUCCUGCUGGUUGUUCUUGCCGUGCUGUUAAAUAGAGGGAUCGAUGUCUAACUCCGCAUAUCAUUGACAAAUGAACGAAAACACGACAACGAGAUACUUAUUUACACAUUGAAUCACUCAGUACAUUAUUAAUAAACAACUUCAUAAUUAAUUAAUCCAGUCAAUCAUACCCAAAGAUUUAAGGGAUAUGAUCACGAUUUUCGUCCAGUUUUAUUUUUCUGUUUUUAUUACUUACAGUGCUAACUGCUUUUGAAAUGCAUUUUCAAUGGUCAACCAAAAUUUGAACGCCAGUCAAAGAAUUACCAGACAUAUACAUAACUCACAAUUCUUUGUUAUGUAAGCAAUAUUGAUGCAUUGUUAACAUAAACAAAUGGAAAAUAAACUUUGACUAAAAUCGUGACCAUGCCCAUUUUACCAUUGUUGAAAUUAAGCUUAAAAUUGUCUUGAAAAUGUUAACACGAUUUCUUGGUGAAUAUCUUCCAUCUUUCAUUUUUAAGUUUAUUUUUCUUCAAACCUUGAGGGUUUUCAAUUGUUUAAGUUUUUACAUUUGUUGCUUUUUUGGAAAGUAUGUAUUGUAUGUUAUGAUAUAAACUUGUUUUUUUAAAUAUUACAUCGCAUAUAUUUACAUUCAUUGUUUCAUAAUAAAUUUACACCUGCAGACAGACGCAGCGAUGUUGCUGAUUGAUUGAUGAACCAGCAACAGUCAUUAACUAGACAAUGAUUUUUAAAUUCAUUUUAAAUUUUAAAUUCAUUUUUGCUGUACGAACAAACGAUGAGAGCGGAAAGUGUAUAUACAAGACUUAUUCAGUCCCCACAUCAGAACAUUUAGUUUCUAAACAAAAUGUUGGUAAGUUUAUCUUGAAGCGUCUUAAAAAAUUGCAAGUUAUAAGAAUAAAAAAAAAUAACAAAUCUAAAAAAUACAUUAUGUAGACAGUAUUUUACGGGACAAAGAAUAAUUUUGGAGUUAAAUUUUAAUGAAUUGCUAAUUAUGAAUUUUGAAAAUUUACAGGUUGUUUUUUUAUUAACAUUGAAUGUGCGGGUCAAAUAUGAAAUGCUUUUUUUUAUGAUAUAAUGACAUAUUAACCUCUUGGUGUACUUGAACCUUUCAAUAUUUUCUCUUGUACAUGUUUUUGGCACUGGGUCUUAACGGAUUUUAGGUGAACUUUAAAUGACAUGUUAUUAAUAAUUGUCCGAAGAUAACAAAAUGGUAAUAUUUUCAAAAUGUCUUAAUCAGAUUGAUUGAAAGCAAAUGUGUUCAAUAAAGAUUAACAUAAUACUC